GAAGACGUUACAACAACAGACUCGGUCGGCCAUUUUCCCUCCGCGAGCUGCCUCAGUCUGUUUUCUCAUUAUUGUUGUUGUUUUUUUGUUUGAACCGAACUGAAAAGGGUUUGAUCUGUAGCGUCACCUGAGCGCGAGGCGGGAGCACGUCAUAGCGGCUGUGAUGGCGGCCGACCGGCGCGAGGACAAAGAUGGAGAGUUAAACGUUCUGGAAGAUAUUCUGACUGAAGCUCCAGAUCAAGACGACGAACUGUACAAUCCUGAGACUGAACGAGCCGUCAGCGACAAGAAAGGAACAAAGAGGAAGAGUGAGCGCUCAGACAGCCAGGAUCUGAAGAGGCUCCGCCCCUCCACAGGCCACGCCCCCUCCAGGUCUUCCUCUACCAAUAAGAGAGCCCCGGGCCCCCCUCUGUCCUCCUCCUCUAAGAAGGUGGCGUCCAGCCCCCGCGGCCGUCACACCACCACCAGCUACCGUCACGAAUACUAUGAGGAGCGAAAGGGGCGGCGAGGGACCCGAGAGACGACCAGGAGCCGUGGAGGAGAGGACGUCCGCCGCAGGGACACGCAGAGAGGACUGGACAGUCUGAGCCAGAAACUGCGACGGGCAAGCCCCUCCCCCCACGAGGAUGACAACCAAUCAGAAGAGGAGGCAGCAGCAGAGUAUGGCUCGGAGCAGGGGUCAGGAAGCUCCUCCCCUGCCGCCUCCCAUGUAGAGGAAGAGGAAGAGGAGGAUCAGGAAGAAGACGAGGAUGAAGAAGAAGAGGAGGGCAUGGAAGAAGAGGAGGAGGAAGAGGAGGAGGAGGAGGAAGGAGAGAAGGAGGAGGAGGAAGAGGAAGAGGAGUACGAGCGUCGCGGCGGUGGCGAAGGCAACGACUACGACACACGCAGCGAGGCUGGCGACUCACGCUCCGCCUCCUCUGUCAGUUUCUCUGACGACGGCGAGUCGGUGCACUCAGGCUCCGCCUCCGAGGCCUCAGGUUCAGAGAAGAAGCAGGAGAAGCUGUCGUCGUCGGUCCGAGCCGUUCGUAAAGGGAUGGAGAAUCCAACCAGUAAGCUGCGUUACAUCCUGCGAGAUGCUCGCUUCUUCCUCAUAAAGAGCAACAACCACGAGAACGUGUCGCUGGCUAAGGCUAAGGGCGUGUGGUCGACGCUGCCAGUGAACGAGAAGAAGCUGAACGCAGCUUUCCGCUCGGCGCGGAGCGUCAUCCUGGUCUUCUCCGUGAGGGAGAGCGGCAAAUUCCAAGGUUUUGCUCGUUUGGCGUCAGAGUCUCAUCAUGGCGGCUCACCGAUCCACUGGGUUCUUCCUGCCGGCAUGAAUGCCAAGAUGUUGGGCGGAGUCUUCAAGAUCGACUGGCUCUGCAGGAGGGACCUCCCCUUCACGAAGACGGCUCAUCUGUCAAACCCCUGGAACGAACACAAGCCAGUGAAGAUCGGACGUGAUGGGCAGGAGAUCCAACCGGACAUCGGCGCCCAGCUCUGUGCCCUGUUUCCAUUGGACGAGAACGUGGACGUACACCAGGUGGCUCGACGCGUUCGUCACAAGCGCCGAACUCCGUCGGAGCCACGGCCUCGGGGCCGACCACCGCAGCGGGAACCGGGAAGGCGUCGUCCUGAAGAGUACGACCUCCACGGCAGGAAGCGACCGCGAGCUGACGGUCCGCCUGACUUCAACCAGCGAGCAGGGUUCAUCCAGGACCUUCGUAACCAGCCAGUGGACAGACGAUUCUCCAACGUGAGACGAGACGUGUUUCUCAACGGGUCCUACAAUGACUACAUGAGGGACUAUCACCACAGCGUCGGUCCUCCUGCUCCUUGGCAGACCCUGGCGGCGUACCCCGGUGUGGACCAGCCCCCUCCCCACCACCCCCCCUACUACCACCACAGCCACCCCCCUCCUCCCCCACACCAGGCCUACCAUCACCACCACCCCCCUCUACCGCCGCACGAGGCUCCGCCCCCUCGCUUUAGGGACAAACAACGUGCGCCACAACACCGCGCCUUCACCUCCAGUCCGCACGACUACGACAUGCGUGUGGACGACUUCCUGCGGCGGACCCAGGCAGUGGUGAGCAGCCGGCGUGAGCGCGAGCGGCAGCGAGAACGUGACCGUGGCGGACCCCGCCGCGAGAGAGAGCGGGAACGAGCCCGAGACAGAGACAGAGACAGAGAGAGGGACAAGGAGAGGGGGCGGUACCGCCGGUGAUGUACCGCCGGUGAUGUACCGCCGGUGAUGUGAUGUCAUUUCCUGUCAGCCUGCAGAGGCUUUUAUUUUGAAAGUCAGAUGUGUUUUUUCUUUUUUAUGUUGAAAAUUAUGAAUAAAACAUGAAACGUUACAUGAUGACAUCA